AUGUUCAUCGGCGGUAUCCUGGAGGAAAGAAUGGAAAUGGCAAACUCAGACAUUAUUCUUUCUCGGACUAGAUCUCAAGUGAAACGUACAGUCACCACUCUUCAAAACUACAGGAAAACAGUUGCUCUCCAUUUAACAGUGGUUUAUUUCACUGCGACAUUCCCUUAUGUGGUUAUCACCAUAUUUCUGAUCAGAGGGGUUACCUUGGAGGGGGCCUCUAAAGGAAUUGAAUUCUAUAUCAGAAGCCAGUCAGACAUCUCCAGACUGGCUGAUGCUGAGGUCUGGAACGAUCCCAUGGUGCAAAUUUCAUUUAUCUCAGUGGGUUGGGGCAGUUUAAUAACACUAGCAUCCUACAAAUUCCACCAUAACUAUUACCGAGACACCAUCAUUGUCUGUGUUCUUAAUUGUGCUACGAGUGUGUUUGCUGGAUUUGUCAUUUUCCCCAUCCUUGGACACAUGGCUCAUGUACAAGACAAGCUUGUCUCUGAGGUUGCAGAGUCAGGUUUUGGUUUGGUUUUUAUUGCCUACCCAGAGGCUUUUGCACAGUUGCCAUGGGUACCGUUGUGGUCCAUCUUAUUUUUCUUCAUGGUGAUCACUCUGGGAGUUGACAUGCAGUUUGGAGGUUUAGAAACAGUUAUGACAGCCCUACAGGACCAGUUCCCCACAUUUCUCCGAUCAAAGCACUCUCUUCUGACAGCUGGCAUUUGUUCAUUAUUUUAUCUCCUUAGCCUUCUUUGUGUGACAUGGGCUGGGAUUUACUGGUUACCUUUUAUGGAUCAUUACGUUACGGGCUGGAUUCUCGUUAUAACAGCUCUCCUGCAACUCAUUGGUUUCAGCUGGUCACUCAAUCAUGAAAAAUACUGA